AUGAAUAAAAUCGAAUAUACAGAAAUCAUUUCGGUUUUUCAUGUUCAUUUACCAUUUAAUAUUGAUUCGUGCAAGCUCGCAGUUUUGGGAAAUUGCGAAGCUUUAGAUGUUGAAUACAAAUAUUGUUUGGUUUCAUCAGAGCGUUUAUUAAAUUUUGAAGGUGAUGAGUUCACAACCAAUAGGAGAAUGGAACUUCGUGGGAAUCUUUACGACGUUUGGAAAGAUAGCAAUAAAUUUAAAAAAGAUCAAUUUUCAUAUAGAGAAGCUUUUGUAUUUACCGAUUAUAUUUACAAGAGCAUAAAAUCUCCUAUUGACUUAAAAAUCGGGAUCAUGGAUUACCAACAUAUUUUAAAAAGGCACAGGGACUUUAAAGAAAUUUACAAAAUAAUCAGUUUCAUUAACCAGCAUAUAGAAACAAACAAAACAAAAGAACAAGUAUUGUUUUUGUACGUUCUCCUUGCUUUGGUUCAGCAUAACUCUAAAUACGGGUCUCUAGAUUGGACUGCAAUGUUUGCACUUGCGCCUAAGUUUGAUACAUCAUACUCAUUUAUUGAUUCAAUUGAAAUAUACGAUUAUAAAAGACUACCCGACAAUUUCAUAAAACUAUUAGAAGUAUUAAAACCUAGCAUUAACGAUCUUAAUAACCUUGAUGCACUAGAUAGAAUGAUGAAAAAACUCAUUAGGAUGUCAUAUGAUGUUGAAAGUCUCGCAUAUCUGCAAGAAUGUUUUAAAGAAUUAAAAGAUUGCGACUAUUUCUCUUACGAAAUUCGUAAAAAACUUUUAGAAUUGCUUAAAGAAAAGAAGCUAUGUUGGAAUGAUAAAAAUGUCGCCUCACUUCUAAAGUUUCUUAAUGAACCUAAUUUGAGGUGGCAUAAUAGAGAAUAUGCUAGCAUACUCGAAACAAUUGCUGAAUCAGAUCAAAUAAGUGAUAUUCAAGAACUGCGUUCUCAUACAUAUUUUAAAGAAGCAUACGAAAUAGUGAUUCGUACAGCUAUGGCUAUUAAAAAUAGUGAUAUAACAAUAAAAUUACUUCAAAAAAUAUUUAUUUGCUUUAGUAACAACCAAAUCCUUAAGGAUUAUAUUAAUUCCGCCGUAGGAAAUGAUUCAGAAGAAUUAAUUACAGACGAAGUUCUAGAAAAAAGUUACAAUCAAUGUAAUUCAUACAUUUCAACUUUAGAGCGUCUCCAAAAAUUUUAUGAAAAAUUUUGUCCUUCUCAGUUAGUAACAGACGUGCAAUUGCAUUUUGACGACUUAACAAAAAGAUCAAUCAGUACAACACUGAAAGACUCAUAUGUCCAAGAUCACUGGUCAAUGCAUUCCGUAACGAUUGAAAUUAUGAAGGAUUAUUAUUCAUUUAUUGACUCACAAACCUUCUACAACAUCUUUCAAGUUGAAUUGACGGAAGAAUUGACGGUUAAACAAGUAAUGAAUAAUAUUUUUAAAAAGGCCGUUGAAAAUUAUCAGAUUAAAUGUAAAGAAUAUGAUGAAAAGAAAGAAAUUAAAUGUGCCGUUGCAAUUGAAUUUUGGAAAAAUGUAGAUACAGAACAUGUUGAAAGAGAAAUUAAUUUUAUGAUUCCUUACUUUGACAAAUUAAAGUCAAAUAAUAAUCCUGAUCAUAACGCAUCAGGAUCAAGAAUUCAUAAUGUUCAAAGAUUAAUUAGCUCUGUGAAACUUUUAGUUAAUAUCUCAUCAACAUUGGAAAGAUUACGUCAACUUACGAUUGUGAUCAAAGAUUUGGGUAUUAUUCUGUGUGAUCAAGAUUUUUGGGUAGAAGAACUGAUAAAUAACUUGGAAGAUAAGGAUUUGUUGCUUUACCAAUUAUACGAAGCUUUUGAUAAGCUUAAUAAAAUUGAAAUGACAUUAUUAUUGACAAACGAUAUUUGGUUAAUAAUUAAGGAAAUCUGUGAUUCUAAAGAUUUUAUAAUUUUUCUUAAGUCACUUGUUGGAAACAAUCUUCAAAAUUUAAUUAAUGGUGUUGAUGAUCAUUCAGAUGAACGUUUAAUCCAAGAAAAUAUUGUUCAGACAUUUAUUCAAGUAAAACAGAUCUUGGAGCCUUUAUUAGAGGAGAGAGAAGGGGAUGAUAGGCAUUCAGCGGUGCAAGAAUUCUUCCAAAUUCUACAUAACAUCGUAAAUAGGAAUCCAUCUCUAAUUUCCAAGUUACGGUUGUGUAAUGCCAAUGCCCAAGCUUUAAAAAAUUUGUAUAAUAACGUUUCGAAUCGUGGUGAGGUGACAAAAGAAAAGAUUAUAUAUUCAGUGACAAAAGGAGAAUAUUCAUUUAAAAGAAUGGAAGAUGAUGAAAAUAGAUAUACGGCAACAUUAUCUUAUGCUUCGGAUAUUUUACAAGAAAACAUUGUGAGUUAUACCUUUGCAGAUCUUCAAGAUUUACGUGGUCGUGCUUUAUUGAUAGCAAGAGCACCUUCCAAUACUUUCAUCAAUACGAAAACUAAUAAAAGGAUGAUCAUGUCAGAUGAGACAGCACAAGAUUAUAUGAAUGAAUUUAUAGUUAGAGUUGAUCUCGCGCAAGAAAUAAUUGAUACUGCUUCAUUAUUAAAAGAGCUUGGACAUUUCAAGUACUAUUAUUUUAAAGGAUUUACGCGUUCAACUUCAGAUAUGGAAAAUUUGUUGAAUACUUUACUUGAUGAUUUGCGGGAUUGGAAACAAAUCGUUAGUGAAGCACAACAAAACCAUUACUAUUUGACCUUUUUCCUAGCACAACAUAUCUUGAAUUUUUAUGAUUAUUUUUCUUGCAACGAAAAUACUGUGACUACGCACUCUAAUAACAAAGAAAGACAAUCAAUUUUCUCGAUGAUUGUCAAGAAUUUUUCAUAUAAUGAAAGUAUAACAAGACUUAAUAUUAAAGAAGAAUGUUCAGUACUCUUGAAAUCUGUCAAUAAUAAAGCCGAACUGCCAAAUAUUAACUUUGAUAUGCUUAAAAUCCCUCUUGAAUCUAAAAAUUAUUAUGAUAUACUUUGCAAGAUUGGUACAAUAUUACAUGACAUCUUCAGCCGAAUUCCUAUCACGCAACGUCAAAUGACAGCCGCUGUUAAGUAUGAAACAACAGACGUGGUCUGUCAGGGACGUCUUUUCAUAGCGACGUGUAACAAUAAAUUUCAAGUACCCAACAUUAUUAUGUCUUUAUAUAAUUCACAUAAUAAAUGUUAUCCAGAAGCAUGGCAAGUUCUAAUUUGUAAAUCUUCUACCACGACAGAAGAACUCCUGACGUUCACAAAACGAUGUUUUUUUGCUGCAAAGAAUGGAUACGGAGAGUACUUGUUUUGUAUUGCAAAUGUAGAAGUUUUGGAUUUUGAGUUGCAAUAUCAAUUGGUAUCAAACAUACGUUUCCUAUGUCAACAAGAAAAGGAAUUCUAUUUGGCCUUGAUAUGUUGUCUUGAAAAUAAUAUGCAUCAUCAUAUACUCGACCAAUUUUCAGAAAAUAUUCAUGUAACUCAAGGUUUUGAUGCAGAUUCAAUGCGCAAUAUUUAUGAAGAAUUAUGUCCUUAUGUAUGGGUAGUUUCCUCUGAGUUAUCUGGACAAGGAAAAUCCAGGUGGAUUGAAAACCAAAGUUUAAAUCAUGGAUCAGCACCACGAAAAUUUUUAAUAAGUGAUGGGGUGACGUUUGGAACACUUGUACAUAAAUUAUCGGAGAUCAGAUUAAAAAAUUCAGAGAAUUUGCAUUUAAAUAUUUUGUUGAUAGAAAAUCAUUAUGAUGUAAACAUGUUUCUGUUUGAAUCUCUUUCAUUUAAAAUUGUAAGAGAUAGAGCCAAUUUCCUAAGUGUUCCAUCGGCAUUAAUAUAUAUAGAAAUAGAAUCAACCGUAAAUCAAGAUUUACUCAAUUCUAUUCCUAUUCUAGGACAUUUAAAAAGAAAGCAUUUGACAUGGGGUAUCGAUAAUACAAUUAUUCCCCAAGAUGUAAACAGUCCUAUUCAAAUUGUUUCCAGAUAUUUAGAUGCAUAUGAUCUUAAUCUAAUUAACACAGUUAAUAUCGACCUUAAUGAAGAACUAUUGAUCCCUGAGACACGUUGCCGACAAUUAUUACAAAAAUAUUUCUUUGAUAAGAUUGCUCAAGAUAUUAAAACUUAUCGUUUCCUUGAAAUAUUUGUUAACGUUCUUUCGGAUCAAUUGAAGCGAAUGUCGUCUAGCGCAUUUUUUCGCACUGAAACGUUAGCCUGGAUGGAAGCAGACACAAGUCUCAUCCAAUUUCUUUCAAUUGUUGUCGAUGUUGAAUUACGAAUUCUAAAUCUGCAUGCUGGUGUAACCAAGCAACAAAUACUUGAAUUUUUAUCUGAUGCAGAAAAAAUUGCAGAACAAAAUGAAGUAUGGCUAUUUUUUGAUGAAAUUAAUACAUGCAACCAUAUUGGUAUUUUCGCAGACCUCAUCGCUCAUAGGUUACUCUUAGGAAAAGAAAUUCAUAAAAAUAUUAGACUCUUUGCAGCUUGCAAUCCUUAUCGUUUACGUCAAAAAGCUGAUACUCAAGCUGGACUUUUAGUUGACAGAUAUGAGGAAAAGAACAGCCUUGUCUAUCAAGUACGACCACUUCCUGAUCAGAUAUUAGAUUAUGUGUGGGAUUAUGGUGUUUUAAAGCCUUCAGAUGAAAUGAUUCAUAUAAAAAUGAUGACAAAAAAGUCCACGGAAAACUUAAAAAAUACAAAUUUAUUUACAGAACUUUUAUUUGAAUCACAAGAAUUUGUAAGGAUUCAUGAAGGAGCACAUAGUGUUAAAAGAUUUUAUGAAACGUAUGACGAAACCGAAGAUGCUAUUCGUAUUGUUAGUCAAAGUCUCCGUGGUAAUGAUUCAGAUGACCCAUAUUUUAGAACUCUUCCUCAAAUAUAUCUAGUUCAUUAUCAAGGAUCAUCAUCUUCAACAUCUGAAGUUGGAUUGGCCGAAAAAAGCCCUCAUAAUCCAUUAAAAGUUUUACAUUCUUUACUCGAGCCAAAUUAUCCUGCAGAACUUCCAGAAGUUGCAGUUAUUGGAAUAAAAUCGCAAUUUAAAGCAUUAGUUGAUGCUUAUCUUGAAUAUAGAAAAAUUCAACCUAUUAAUAAUUUUCAUGGACUUCGAGAUUACUAUUUCUUGGUUAAAAGCCUUGGUAGUGGAGAGGUUGCACAAAUGGCAUUAGCAAGAAACUUUGGAGGAACUAGUCAAAUGGAUGAACUUUAUAAAACUCAUUUUCGAAAAGUCAUAAAAGCAUUUCAUGGUUCUAUUGAUAGUUUCAAGAAUUAUUCAAUCGAAGAUCUCAUUAAAGCAAACCUAAAAGAUAAAAACUCACGUCAUUUAAUGAUCAUUGGAAAAAGCGAUUCAAUUGUUAAUAUCUUGUCAUAUAAAUUAAAGCAAUGGAAUAACGAUCCUAAAUUUAAUGAUACAAAUUUGGAUUUGGAACCCGUCGUUAUUUAUGGCAGCCAAUUUCCCAAUGAUUUUGGUGGUGAUUACCAGUAUAGUGUAUUAAGCCGAAGUCUUUACGAUUUAUGGAACCAAAAUUACAUAACCGUAGGAAAGGAAGGAAGUCAAACAUUUUAUACACGCGUUGCAUUGGGUGCUUAUUCAAAUCCUAUGGUCUGCGUCCAUGAAAAUUUUCGUUGUAUAUUAGUUCUUGAUGAAAAGAAAGUUGAUUAUUCGGACCCUCCACUAUUAAAUCGAUUUGAAAAACAAAAAAUGUCUAUCAAUGAUGCAAUAGACGAUAACAUGAAAGGGUUAUUAAAUAAACUUGCAGAAUGGUCAAACCAGAUUUCAAAUAUUGAAGCCGAAUCAGCGAAAUUCAAUGAGAAUGAUAUUUUUAUUGGAUUCGAUAAGGAAGAAACAUUGCAAAGUCUAGUAAUUUACAAUAGCAAUGAUCCAGAGUUAGAUGACGAAACGAAAAUUUUGCACAAGUGCAAAGAAAUGUUGAUAGGUAUAGCCAUGCCGGAUGGAAUUGUGCGCUCAAAAAAAUCGAUGUUAAGUAAUAAAGAAGUGGAUUAUUGGUAUAAAUUCUAUUUUGAACAACAAUAUCAUGAAAACUUCCCUGGCUAUAUUGAAUCAUUGAUGGAAGAUGCUAAAAAUGCACAAGGCUUUAAUGCAAUUGUUUACACAUUUUCAAGCAUUAACACUGAUGUUGAAUCUUGUUUAAAUAACAUUUUAAGGUGUCAGGUUGAUAAGCUCUCAACAUUCAAAAGUGAGGCUCAAUUCCAGUCCCGUAUUAAACAUUUCUGGUUAGAAUCCAAAGCUGAUAUUUUAAUUUUACAAUGUGAUCUGAAUUCAUCAAAUUCAGAAUGUAUUAAACUUGCAAAAUUUAUUAUUGAGCAAUAUAAAAAUGAAUUCAUGGCAAGCAAAUACUCUUUCGUGCAGGUUAAACAUGUUUGUAUAAUUCUUCAUUUGAGAAAAGAAAAUGCGACCUCUACAGUAUCAUCAUUUAAUUUCAUGUGUGAAUGGGACCUAUUUUCUAUUGAAACAUUAACACCUCAAGAAUUUACUAUUGAGGACUAUUUAGAUAAAAAUUUGAUAAAUGUUCUGGAGACAGCAUAUACAUUCGAGAAAGUCAUUGAUCGUGAGUUAUUAUGGUGUUUGCUUUGCAUGGAAUUUCCACCAUCCUAUGAAUCAGCUGAUUACAUUAGGCAAGACUGGCAAUUAAGCGUGGCAGUAAACAGAGAAGAUUUAUAUCUGUAUUCUUCGUUCUUAACUGCCUUACAAAUGUUUAUUUGUAAUCAGGUUAGAAAACCUAUAGCUCAACUCUUAUUUGCCUUGGAAAAAGUGUCAGGGCUUUUAAUUAUUGAUAGUGAUAGAUUAUUAAAUGAGGAAGGCUUAAACGAUAAUGCUACAUCUAAUUUAUUCGAUUUCUGGAAACCGAUAAUUAUGAAUACCGAAAUAGUUAACGUUGAGAAUAUAAAGAUGCCCUACAUAAUAAAAAACAGUUCUAAUGGUUUAAAACUUCCAUUUUCAAUUUAUUUUAUGGAACAGAUUAAUAAAUUUAAAAGCAUAUACCAAGAUGAUUUAAGGAUGCUAGAAAGAGUUCCAGAAAACCUCGAUAAAGAAACUGGUAAUCUCAAAUCACAAAUUAUCGAUGAAUGCAUUGAAAGAUUUUCUGAACACGUGAUUUCCAUGGUCCCUGUGUUGAAAAUACCACAGUUUAAAUUGCAAAAUGCAUAUUUCAAUGAUUUUACAACUAUUAUUUUGCAUGGAAAAACUGAUAAUAGCAAAACAUUACGCAGAAUUAUAUCUCAUCAUAUGAAGCAAGAAGUACCGGAUCCCAUAAGACUUCAUACAUUUUGGUGGGGCAAUGAAGAUUUAAUCUUAACUGAGUUGCAAUUACUUUUACUACUUCAAAACAUUUCGAAAGAAGAAAUUCUCAAUACAGCAUUUGAUGAAAGCAGUGAUUUUAAUAUCGAUAGUGACUUAUUAAGUCGAGUAUCAGAUAUUAUGAUUAAUGAACUUUUUAAUAUUAUUGAGGAUAAUAAUGAUUUGGAUGAUAACAAGGGCACACUUUACUUAUUUACUGGUACACGCCGUUCCCGUAGAUCUUAUCACAAGAGUAAUUCACAUCACAUGCAAAUCAAACUUCAAGCUUGGCAACGUGAUGUCGCAAAAAUUUUGUUAAUUUCUUGCAGUUUGCCGAAUUCAUCCGACAAUCAAUCAUUAAAUGUGCUUCGAAUAUAUAAUGACUUGUCUAAAUCUAUCUCUUCUGCACAACUGCUUCAAAUUAAGCAAUACCAAUAUGAAAUCAGUCCGUUUUCAAAGCAGUCUAUUGACACUGUUUUCGAAAAGCUUGAGCAAAUAGAGCAAACAGAAGUUAGAUUAUCUUCAAGGCAAUCUUUUAUUUAUAGAUGUUUGAACACAAUUCCGCCUAAAUCACCUAUCCGUCGUUAUCUUUAUAAAAAAAUAUUUUCACAAGAAACAUUAACACUUGCUUUCCCUAAUAUUUACCUAAUUUUUGAGUCCGAAAAUAAAGAACUUGAAGGUUCAUUGUUUUUAAGUCUUAUUAAUGGUUCACAGAUACUAGAUAGUACAAAGCGGCUGCAAACCAUUGAAAAUAUCUUAUCGAAACGAAAAAACUCAGAAAUGGCUGCAUUAUGUUGUGAUGUUAUUCAGACUCAGCUCUCCACAGAAUAUCAAUUUAAUGUACUAUCUAAAUAUCUUCAGAAAGCAACAGAUAUUUUGAUUAACAACGAUUCCAAAGAAUUGCAAAAAAUUACUGCCAUUGCUCUUUUGAAAGAAUUUGCAAAUGAAUUUUGGAGUAACAAAGAAUCAAUUAAUCUUGAUGAUUUAAAUAAAUUGACUUAUGAAAUUGAACAAUAUUGUGAUGCACUACAACAAGUUUUACCUUGGGUCAGAAUUUUAAAAACUGAUUCAAAUAGCCGUCUUGGAUUUAAUCCUUAUUGGUAUUUUAACGAAUUUAAACAAGUUGAUUGUUUUUAUAAAAUAAUUUCUUAUAGUGAUGAGUUAACUGCAAAUAAUUUGUUAAAUAAUAUUAUUGGAGAUGAUCAGAUUGGUACAUGUAAUCAAUGUAAAAACAGGAUUGGCGGCUCAAAUCAUGUACUUAAUGCGGGAAAUAUCGAUAUAGAUAGAAAUAGAAUCGAACACUCUGUGACUGUAAAUGAUAAAAAAGGGUAUUUAAUUGAAGAUAUAUUUGACGAAUUUCAUUCCGUUAGGACCUUAAAUCCAGCAUCUUACAGAAUUCUUCAUCUGUUCUUACACAUUAUUAUUGGCGUUCAAGCAAACUCAUCAACUACUAUCGCUUUUAUUAAUGAUCCGAAUAGUAAUAUUGCUCAAUAUUGCAAGAAACAUAUUGAAAAUGAUUGGAAGGCAUUAAAAAGCAUUUUUAAUUGCGAAGAUGAAACUUUGGCAUUAUUUAUUCAUUCCAUACUUUCAGAAAUGUCGCAAGAACCUUCUCAAAAUGUUGAAAAGUUUGUAUCACCAGCUCAAAGAGAAUCUUGGGAAGAAUCUUUUAAUCAACAAUAUGUUUUACCAAAGAUUAAGAACUUUGUCGGAACUGCUAAUGAUUUUCGAAUAAUGUUAGACAAAAAUGCAGAAAAGUCUGUUGAAAUUAAUGAGACUAUGGAAGUUAAUGAUCAUUACAAUAAGAACUAUUCACCUCUACUAUGGAGAUUAAUCGAAAAACCAGAUUUAGACAACCUUAAAUCUUACUGUAUGUCGAAUAUUGAAAAUAAAGAUGCAUUUCCAUUAUUAUACAUAUUCUUAAAACAUGAAAAACAUCUGAAUCUUAUUCAACUUCUUUUACCAAUCGUGAAAUUUACACAAAUACUGUCUUCAAGACUUUCCAAUGUAAUUGAAAGGCAAAGAGCACGUAAUUUAACUUUUCAACAAUUUAUAGUAGAUGAAAGCAAAGACGAUGAAAGUGGAACCACUGAAGAAUUUUUAAAUGCGGCAUUUAAUAGCUUUGCGAACUCAUGGAACCGUUUAACUCCUCAUAUUAAACGAUAUCAAUGUAAAGAUUUACCACAAGAAAUGCCAAAAAUAGAUAAUGAAACAUCAAUAAUUUAUGGAUUAUAUGAACCAACUGAUGAAUCUUUAUAUCUAUGCGCAACAAUAGAAUUCUUGGUUCAAUUGCAAAACGAUUUUCUAAAUGAUAUUAUAGAAGUUUCUUGUGGAACUUGCCAAUCAUUAAAGUUUAUUGAAGAAUCAGACGUUCAAACAGGCAGAUAUUGUCUACAAUCUAUAAACCUUGAAAAUGUAAAAUCAGAACCAAUAAUUAAAUACGAUGGCAUUUCCGAUGUUUUUAUAUAUUGUCAACAUGAUCUUAGGUUAGGCCAUGGCCGAGAAAUCUAUUAUGAUCUAUACAAGAUCGAAGCUAAAUUGGCUCAAGACUUAGUGUAUGGAAAAAAGUUGAUCAAAUCAAAUAAAGAUCAAAUGUAUUUGAACUCAUUUAUAUAUCACAAAGAAUUAUUUAGUAGAUCUAUGACAAUAUUAGAGGAGAUCAAAAUUUUGAUACGUCAAGAACCAAUUCCUGUUGAUAAGAAACCAGAAAUAUCAGAAAAUCAAAUGGAAUUACUUUCUGCCUUAGAAAUAAUUAUUUGUUUCUUAAAACAAACGUCUGGAGGAGAUUGUGAUACUUUAAUUAGUGAUUAUAUAGAAAAUUGGAUGAAGUUAGGUUUGAAAAAGGAAAGAUGUUAUAAAUUAUUAAGAAGAACAAGAUUACAACUUAAACACAUCGUAGCAUUGUAUGAGUUAGUUGAAGAACACGUUGCUGAUACAUUAAUAGCCGCCAAAUGUAUAUCUUCAAAGUAUAAGGCUGAAUUAGACGAAUCUAUAAAGCAAAUUAUUUCAGAAGCAGUAUAUUUUGAACAAACCAAUUCAGGAAAAUCUGCAAAAAUUUCUGCAGAUGCAUUCUUAAUUGCUUUAAAAAGACUUAUCGUAAGAUAUUUGUCAAUUAAUAGUGAAACCAUUAAAGAAGCUCUUCCCCUUUAUGAUUAUAUUGGAGACGAUGAUAAUUCUCUUGGAU